UGUAGAAUCUGAUCGUUGAAUCGUAUCUAAAUUCUCGAGUUAAAUAGAAUCGCACGAUUCUAUCAAUAUUAAGAUCAUACCUAUAAUUCGGAUCGGUCUCCUAUUUUGAAGUCGUAAGAUCAUAAAAUUAUAGGUGAGAAUCGAGAUUCAGAUUCUGAUAGCCGUUUACCUUUUUUUUUUUUUUUUCUUAUUAUUACCAUGCAAUUUGUAUAUGUACCAAAAGUCAAAAAUAGAUUGCGCAACACAAACAUCAACAUUCAACAACAAAGAUUUCCCACAAUUUUUCAUCUCCAUUAUUCUCUAAUCUCUUUUUGCUUUUCCUAAAUCCCAUCAUCUUCCUUUUUCACAUUUCCUGCGGCAAUUUCAUCAAAUUUUCCUGCCAUUGAAGCUCAUUCAACAAUCAGAUCUGAAGUGGUGAUCCGUCUUUUUUAUUCGACAUUACGGCCAACUUUAGAUUGAAUGGACAGUGACGGUAGUGGCAUAGCUACUGCUGUUGCUUCUAGGAGGUUGAUCUCCCAACAUUCGUCUCUUCGUGAUAGCCUCAUUGCAGCAGACGUCUCUGAUGCUAUCAACAACGAAUUUAUCAAUAACUCUGUUACACGGACCAACACUAUUAGCCCCAGACGGGUUUCAAACAUUACAUUAGGUGCUGUACUUAAUAGUGACAAGAAAUCACAAAACCCUGGUAACGUUGUUGUACGAACUCUCAUUGAGAUCAUCAGUAACAACGAGACAAUUUCUCCUAAAGGUACCUCUAAUAACAAGACAACUUGGAAGUCAUUCAAAGAGAGGCUUAAACUCAAGAGGAAUCAGAAUCAAAGUCAGCAGAAUCAGAAUCCCAAUUCUAGGCGUUGGAUAUCGUCUCUGCCAGUUCCACAAUCAGACGUGAUACCUGAUACGAGAGUGUCUACUAUAGGACUAAUGAUGGCAAGUAGAAACUCUCUUAGGAGCAAUUCACAUAGGCGGGUGGAUACUGCUCCAGCUGAUGACCUAACGUUAAGGGAGGUUGACAGUGGUGGAUCCCCUAGGAGUGGGGGUAGUUUCAGGCUGUCUGCGGCUUUGGCAGCUGAGAGAGAGCAGACUCGCAGAAGGCUGUCGAGGGAAUUAGAUGAGGAUAGGGAUGAGGAUGAUGCAAGUGAAGGGUCUCUUGGGGAAGACGGAGAUGAGGAUGAGGACAAGGACGAGGAUGAGGAUGAAGUGGAGAUUCCUGGUCUGAGGCCCCCUUCAGGCCAGCCAAUGCAGAUGUCAUUGAUGGAUUUGUUGGAGGAGACAGACCGGCAAGCUGGGAUCAGCGGACCCACAUAUAGGUUGGAUGAUGAAGAAGAGGAAGAAGUGGAAGAGGCAAAGGAGGAAGACAAUGAUGAGGAUGCAGGGAAAGAAGAGUUUUCAUGUUGUGUGUGUAUGGUGAGGCAUAAAGGUGCUGCUUUCAUUCCUUGUGGCCAUACAUUUUGCAGGUUAUGUUCCAGGGAGCUAUUUGUUCAGAGAGGUAACUGCCCACUUUGCAAUAAUUUCAUCUUGGAGAUUCUCGAUAUCUUCUAAGGAUAAAUGCUUCAAUGACCAUCGUCGUGGCUAAGGAAAACCCGAUUGCUGGGGGAAACCAGUCAUGAAUUAUGGAUAUGUGCCUUUUUCAGCUCAAAAAUGAACAUAUGUUUUUGGUUUUGAUCUUUUGAUUAUGAACUUUUUAUCAUGUAUGUAUUUCCUAGUAGUCUAUAAUAGAUAAUGGAACUAUAUAUGCAUGGUUAGAAUUUGGAUGAUAGAUCAAAAAUUUGUUUUAUAUAGAGGGUAUCUUUAAGAAUUUCUUUUUUGAAUUGAAUGGAGAUCUGUUAGAACUUACAUGGAAGAUGUAAUUGAUGAUAACAUAUUGUUUAUACUAUUAUAAGCUUGUUGCUUUGUC